AAGUUUAGGAAUUAUUUCAAAGAAUUUUUUUUCAUCGUUAAUUUUCAUUAUACAAUCAUUUACCAGGAAUGUGCUGUUUGAGAUGCGUUAGAAAUAAAAAAAUAAGUUAAUAUAUUGUUAUUGUUGUAAUUAUCAGUGCAAUAAUGCGCUGAAGAAUGGAGCCAACGACUAGUGAGGAUAAACUAUCAUCAACUUCAAGAUGAUACGAUAGAGGCAAAUUUGAGAAGCUUAAGGCUCGAGUAUAUGUUAAUAUUGGUGAAGUUAGCUAGCUAGCUACAAAACUGUCAAUACAGUAAUAUUAAUAGUGUAUAAGUUAGUUUGUUAGAAUAUAUUUAACGUUACACGGCGUUAGUAUGGACAACAUUACCAUAUGCAUAAGGAAGGCAUGGGUGUAGAUAGUACUAUACAUUGCCAAAGGAAGGGUAUUUGGGGAUUGGAUCUGUCAUCCUUCAGAGCCCUACCUCAGAUUGCAUGAUUUGACAUUAUAACCAGGCUGAAUAUACUAUUGAAACUUGAUCAUCAGAUAGUGCUCCCUGAAGCUACAAAAAUGUCUUCAGUAAAAGUUAAGCAAGAAAAAACAGCACCAGAGCUACUUCAUGCUCGCUCCAACCUUGGUGGUGUGUUGCAGAACUUGAUGGAUAAAACUGAUGAAAGUCCAAGUUCAUCAGAUGAAGAGGACCGAAAACCAUUGGAUAUUAAGCAACCCUCACCUGUCUCAUCACCUGCCAAAAGAACAACCACAAGAAGCCAGCGUAAAAGAAAAAGAAAGGAUGAUACAUCAACUAAAAAUGCCAACUCGUAUGUGAUGAAAUUGUAUGAUCGGAGCGUGGAUCUAGCCCUGUUUAAAGAUUGUACAUCUCUGUACCCCGUAUGCCGAGCAUGGAUUUGUAAUCAGCCACAAAAUUACAAUGUGGAUGGUGGAAGUCGUUCACCCUCACCUCAACAUCCACCUCAGGAAGAUGAUGCAACUGGUAAUGAAAAGUCUGACAAUGUGUAUUCUCUUCCUCCUCCUAAGCCACCUCAAACAAAGGAUGGAAAAGAAAGAAGAAUUCCAUCCCCACUUCCUCAAGAAAAACAAGAUCUAAUAAUAUCUUCUGAUGAUACAGCACCAUCUAAAGACUGUUUAAUGGGUAUGCAUAUGGCCAGGUGGAGAACUAUUAGACAGAGAUGGAGAGAAACAGGGAUGAAAAAUGAAGAACGUUACAGAGAAAGUGGAGAUACUCUGAAAGCUAUGUUUGAGAGAUCACUUGGGAAAGAAGAUGGAGCUCUUCAAGAACAGUGGGAUACUGUCAUUACCACUUAAACAUACUUUUAUAUAUCAUUUUUUAAAUAAUUUCUAAUCUUACAAAAAAGUAUUGGAACUAUAAUAUUAAGAAAAGCAUUUAGUAGUUUGAAAGACCUGAGAGUUCAAGGCUUUUUGUCUUGUUAAAUAUUUCUGAAUAAUACACAGUAUAUA